AUGACUGAUAAUGCCAUGAUGGCAUUGGUGGCCCGCUCAGCCUCGCUUGUUCUUCUUGCGUCGGUGCUUUGCGGAGUUUUGGCUGCCAACGACAAUUGCUCCAACACCUUGUCCUUGGACUAUCCCGCUCCAGUUGCGGCCAAGGGAUGGUCAUAUCGUGUCGUUGCAAAUGGGUUUGCUCGACCACGAGGGCUCGUCUUCGAUCAAAACCAUGGCCUCCUCGUUAUCGACUCGGGCGUAGGGCUGACGCACCUCACCCUCCGGGAUAAUGGUGGCACAUGCUUGUCUGUCACCAACAACAAGACUCUGGUCAGGAGCAAGGAACUCAACCAUGGCAUUGCCCUCUCCCUAGACGGAAAGACGCUCUAUGCCUCAACGUCCGAAAGCGUCUUUUCCUGGGCCUACGACGCAGAGGCAAUCAGUGUCAGUGAUUCCAACAGAACCCUCGUCACCAACAUGAACAAUUCCGAUCAUACCAGUCGUACCCUGCUUCUCUCCAGAGCGAAACCCGGCACCUUGCUUGUGUCUAGGGGAAGCAACUCCAACGUGGACCCAGACGCCCGUGACGUCCAGUCGGGCCAUUCGCAGCUGCGAAGUUUCGACCUGUCCAGGCUCACCAAUGGCGAUGGGCCAUUCGACUUUCUGAAUGGUACCCUCUUGGGCUGGGGUCUCCGCAACUCAGUCGGCAUAGCUGAGCACCCUUCAACAUCUGAAAUCUGGUCCGUGGAAAAUUCUGUCGAUCAGCUGCGCCGAGAUGGUGUUGAUAUCCACAAUGACAACCCGGCGGAAGAACUCAAUCACCAUGGCACCCUUGAAGAGCCCAACGGCGGCAACUACGGUUAUCCUGUGUGCUACGGUAUCUGGAAAGCCCAGGGCUUUCCGAAUAUCGGUUCCCUAACCACGGGCGACCAAUUCCCGAUUGACGGCGCUCCAGAGGCAGUAAAUGACAGUUCGUGCAACACGCAAUUUGUUCCGCCUCGUCUGGUCUUCCAAGCACAUACGGCCCCGCUGGACCUCGAAUUCAACAAAGACGGUACCACGGCAUAUGUCUCGUUCCACGGUAGCUGGAAUCGAGACGAUCCGACUGGUUACCGUAUCGCCAGCAUUUCAUUUCGAAAUGGUCAACCCGAUGACUCACGAAACAGCACAGUUGCUGCCACUGACAUCCUGACCAAUCCUGACCUGAAAAACUGCCCAGACCGAUGUUUCCGCCCAGUUGGCUUGGCCUGGGAUUCCAAGGGUCGCCUAUGGUUCACCUCUGACAGGACUGGAGAGAUAUUUGUCCUCGAGUAUAAUGAUGGCCCUGCAAACGGGUCAGGUUAUUGCGAGGAUAUUGGAAAAUUCGGCGCCAUUAUACUAUCCGAGGCAAUCGCCAUUUGCGAGCACGCGCAGCUCAACGACCAAGCACAGGAAAACAACCGCACCGCCGCAGUCGCCACGGAUAACGAGGCAGAGCCGUCGCCGCCACCCCAGUAUCCCGCCUCCGAGGCGUCCUCUUCCUCCCGUCCUCCGCCCUUUUCAUCUCUCUUCGCGCCCCUUGACGACCCCGUCGGAGAAUCGUCUGGCAGGCUCGCCGCCGAUUCUGCAGCCACAGAACCUUGUGCGUCGGCAGCUGUAGCUGCGCCAGCCUACUCUAGCAGUCCCUCACCGGAGCCAGCGCCGUUUCAACCGUACCGAGCUUCCUCGAGAGUAUUCUACGAUCCAGUCGGUGAGACCAAACGCGCCCUCCCUCGAGAUACCAAGGGAGGAUCGAGUCGCAAGGACGAAGAAGCCGAACCACCACCAGCAUACUCGGAAGGCGACAGCCCGCUCGAGACAUUCACAUACGUCAUGUCUGCCGCAGGUGGUGCCGCGAGUAUCAUCACGCAGGUCCAACAAGGAGGACCGCCUGUUAACUCGAUUGGAGAUGUCGGGGCCGAUGAGACGAUAUCCAUGGACCUUCGUGGCACCCGAUUUGUCCUCUCGCGAGACGAGCUCUUGACGCUACCCGAAUUUGUGCUUCUUUCUCUGUUUCCCAACGGAUUGUUUCCAGACGGUCGCGCCAACGGCUUCGGUGAUGACUGCGCCGUGCAAGUCGAUUACGAUCCAGCGUCUCUUCAGUACAUGCUAGACUUCUUCCGAAACGUGGCCCAGUCGAUACCCACGGAGUCGUCGCCGGGUACAUCGCAGGAUGGCGACGCCAUGUCUGUCGAACCAUUGGUAUCGCGAGAUGACUCGUCCAAACGAGCAGGCAUCAUCGUCUUGAGAGAAGAUUUGGAUUUCUACGUGAUCCCGCCGCGCGCAGACAUUAGUCAGCCCGACAUGAUUGAGGUGAAGCGUGCUGCCGCGAGCGCGCUGCAGCAACAAGGCGGGAUAUUCUCGGGCUUGAAACGUAGCGAUGAGCCUGGCACGACCGAGGCGCAUCUCAUCGAGAUGUUGACAGCCGGCGGGUUCAACCAUGACGACACUUGGGGUCACCGAGCUGGAGAACCAAACAAGGCCGUCAUCUGCAGCUUGGCCUUGGCCCGCUUGCGCAGCGACAUCAGAGGCAACGACAUGGGCACGAGUGCCGUGGGCAUGGCGCAGAAGCUUCUUUUGUUCUGGAGAAAACCUGCGAGGAGAUGCUGGUGGGAGGGGGUUGAGCUGGACCAUGUCGAAGGAGUCGAGGGCAAGCUCAAGGUAUGGAUCCGGAGAGUAUGGACGCUGGAGAUGAGUGUCAUUGGACUGCGCUAG